UUGUGUCACGUGACGCAUUAAAAAUGGCGAUGAGCAUGGUCAAGAUUUGUGGAGAAAUGACGUCAAUUUUGUGGGUUUUAUGCAUGUAAACUUCAGUGCCUUGCAUUUGUAGUAGCCGUGACUUUCAAUUGUGUAACUAACAAUUAUUUUUGCAUGACGAAGCUUGAUUGUGGUAGGCAAUGAGUGAUAGCUUAGAGGCAGCAAUACCUUAUUCUCAACCAAUCACAGCUCAAGAAUCCUCAAAAGAGGCGGAGCCAAUAGAAUCCUCAAAGGAGGCGGGGCAUAUACAAAACCAAGCAGUCAACAAUAACCAAUCAUCAAGUGACAGGACUGAUUUAAGCUGGCAUUUUGAUGGAAUGGAGGACAAGAAUCCUUUCAGUGAAUUUUCAGAGGAACAUUUAAAUAAGUUAGAUGAAGUAUUGUCAUCGGCUAGUGUCCAGGAACUGCUACAGCAGUCCAGUCCUGGCCUGAACUUUCUUCAUCUUGACGGUACUGAACAGUUGGCAGCUGGUGCGGAGUCCACAGGACACGCUGGACAAGGUGACUCAGUCAUGGCAUCAACCUCAGCUAGACGCGAUAGCUCCGAUUCUUUACCAGAAUCCAUUAUAUCAGUUGUGUUCUCUGACCACGGAUAUUGUAUGAACCCAGAUAAGAUCAGUUCACAGAAACCAAAGGCUGUUACCGUACAGCCUUCAUCGAAAAGUGUGCCAGUGAUGGUGGCAGUUGAACAGUCAGGUAAUACAAUACCUAUCAAUGCUGUUCCCACGGCUCUCACCAUGACAACAGAUUCAGAAGCUGAGCAUACUGAUUCAAAGACAGAGAGUCCUACAACAUCACCCAGGAAGUCAGGGCGGGCUCACACCCGGAGCAAGUACCUCGAUGAGGACUGGAUAACGCAAGAAAGUCCUAGCAAAGGCCGAGGGAGGGGCAGAGGGGUUGAUAUUGGUAUGCCGCUUCCAUUCGGAUUUAGGGCAUCAACACGUAUCAGUGACCAGAAACAGAGAGAUUUAGCAGAGAAGAUAAUGUUAGCUAACAGACAGGCGAUGGAGGCAGAAAUGGACACAGAUGAUGCUGAACAGUCUGAGUCUGCGUCUGCAGUAAAGACAUCACCAAAAGGUCGAGGUCGAGGCCGAGGUCAAGCGAGUGCAGCUGGUAAUGUUGGAGGAGCAUCUCAGUCUAGUCAGGACGAGAGUUCUCAGGAUGACGAAAGUCAUGAUGAUGACGACGAAGACGAAGUUGUCAAAGAAAAAGAGGAUGAUGACAAUGUAAGUGUUGCUAGUGAAUCUGAGGAUGAGAAAAAGAAAGGGAAAAAAGGCGGGAAGAAAAAUUCCAAAGGUGGUAAAAAGAAGAAAAAAGGUGGAAAGUAUGAAGAUGAUAGUGAUUAUAGUGGUGAAGAAGAUAAAAACACUAAAAACAAAACAAAAGGCAAAAAAAAGACAAAGAAUGAAUCUGAAAAUGAGGAGGUUGCAGAUGCUAAAGCUAAAAAAGGGAAGAAGAAGAAAUUGGCAAAGGGGAAAAAGAAAGGAAAGGCUAAAGGAAAGAAAGGGAAAAAGAAAGAUGCAAAAGCUGAUAAGAAAACAGAAGAGUCUGAAGAGGAAAGUGAAACUGAAGUUAAGAAAAAUUCAGAAGAAAAAUCUCCAAAAAAGAAAGCUAAGAAACUGUCUAAGAAACAGAGACUAAAGAAAAUGAAAGAAGCCAAAGAAGCAAAGAAAGUCAAACUCCUAGAAAAGAAAAAGGAGAAAAAGAAAGAAAAGAAAAAGAAGGGCAAGGAAACAGAAAAAGAGGCAGAAGUUUCUGAUUCUACACCAAAGAAAAAGGCUUUAAAGAAAGGAAAAGCUGUGGCAGGAAGGAGGAAAGCGGAAACUGAGGACGAGUCUACAGAUGCAUCUCCAAGAAAGAAAGCAAAAGUUAAUGAGACCAAAGUGGCCGAAAAUAAAUCACCAAAAGCUGGAGAAAAACGAAAGGCUUCUCCUGCCAGGGCAGCUAAAAAAACAGUAUCUCCUGUUUCUACUCCAACCAAAAAGCAGAAAAUGGCUCAGCAGAAAAAAACUACAAAGACGUCUAAGGCUGAAGUGACAGACUCAGAGGAGGAUAAACCUCUGAAAACAACUAGAUCAAAUGCUGCAAAAGAUGCAAAACCUGAUCAGGACACAGUUCAAAGUAUUCAAGCACCUGUCAGAGGAGAUCAAAAUAUAUUUGCCAGCUUAGCAAUGGGUUUUAUGGCUGAAGAUGAUGAAAAAGACAAUAAAGCAACUGAUGGUGUUGAUGAGUCAAAGAAAGUGUCUGAAGAUAGUGCUGUAGUCAAGACUGACAAAAUUAAGUCAGACAGUGUUGAAGUGAGUGAUGUUAAAGUUAAAGACAAUAAAGAUAGUGAAGAAAGUAAGGUGAUUACUAAGAGUGUUAGUAAUAAAGAGAAUAACACUGAUAGUGAAGUCAAGGAUGAAAAGUCAGUGGUAGAUAAAGAACCUAAAGAAAGUGAUAAUUCAAGCAGUGUGAAAGAAGAACAAAUUUCUGUGAAAACUGAAGAAUUAAAACCAGAAACAGUGAUUAAAGAAACUGGUGUAAGUGUCGAAAAGUUGAAGGAUGAUAAAUCACAAUCAGGAACUCAUAAAAGACAUGAUUCAGAGGACAGUAGAGGUUCAUCUCAUCAUCAUCAUCAUAGGAAACAUUCUCAUGACAGGAAGGAGUCCGUGUCGGAGGACCGGACAGAAUCAGGAAAUCAUAGACACGAAUCUCAUGAUCGAAAAGACUCUAGUGAUAGGAGACAUUCUCAGGAUAAAGAUAGAAGUUCAAGAAGUCAUAGAGAAAGAGACAGGCAUGGAAGCAGAAAAAGUUCAGACUCAACAGACAAAAGUAGAAAAGAUUCAACUUCAGGAAGUAAAGAUAAUGGUAAAAAGUCUGAAAGUGUGAUAAACCGUAGAGAAUCUGUGGGAAGUGUUAGUUCAGAUAAAAGUGGAAAAAUUGCGCAUGGAGGGAUUUUGAAAAAGGGCGGGAAAUUAAGUAAAGAUGGUAAAGUGAAAGGUAAAAAAUCAAAGAAAUCAGAUGAUGUUCCGAUAGAUUCAUCAAUGGCCGACUUAUUUAUGCCUGAUAAUUUGCCUGCACCUGUUAAAGAUGAGGUAAAUAGCAAACAGGCAGGUGAGAAGGAAAAGAAGGUAGAAACUUCACAAGAAAAAGAACGAGUGUCAAAAGUAUCCUUUAAAGAUGAUUCAACUUCAAAGAAAAAUAAACCUGAAAAAGUAGAGAUUGUAGGACCUGAAGUGAUAAAAUUAACAAAUGAGUCUGCCACAGACAAACAAUUGGUUGAAAAGAGCAAAGAUAUUUCAAAAGACUCUACAGUUUUAAAGAAAGAGGAAGAACCAAAAAUAUUUGUCAUUAAUGUUCAUAAAGAUAAAGCGGAGAAAAAAGGUAAAAGUGAUGUGAAAAAGGAAAGUAAGGCAGAUCAGAUUACUGAAACUAACAAAGUGGACACAGAAUGUGAAACUGUAAUUGAAAGUAGUACAGCAAAUAAAGCAACAGAUGAUGUAGAGGUAGAUAUUGAAACUCUUGAUGAAAUAAAAGUUGAAAAAGAUGAUGGUACUGAACUUAAACAAGAAGUACCUAAACUUGAAGAAAAAGAUAAGACUAAGGAAGUAAUUGACGAUAAGAAACCAGAUGUAUCUGAUAAAAUAGAAACAGAUACACUGAAAUCAGAACCCAAAUCAGAAGAGAAAAUUUCUACAAGUGUUGUUUCUGAAGUUAGUGAUACUGGCAAAACUGAUGAUAACAAAGAUGCUGUUGCAGAAACAAUUGCAACACCAUCCAAAAAGAAAAUCAAAAAUCCUUUGAAAAUGUCAGACUUCUUUUCUGAAAGAAGAUUGAAAAUUAAUGAUCCUAAGCCAAGGGUGAAAGUUGUAAAGGAGGAAAUUUCCACUACUGAAGACAGUGAUGGAACCGAUGAAGGGACUGGACGUAAACGUAGAAAUAAGGGGAAAGCAAUGUCUGAAAUAUUGAAGAAAGAAAAACUUGGCAGUGAUGAUGAAGGUGAGAGUGACUCGGACUUCGAGGACGAUGAAAAUGAUGAAGAUUUUGAGGAUCCUGAUCAGCUAUACUGUAUCUGUAGACAACCUCACAAUCAAAGGUUCAUGAUUUGUUGUGACAAGUGCGAGGAAUGGUUCCACGGAAAGUGCGUAGGUAUAACACGUGCCCGUGGAGCGGAAAUGGAGAAAAAUAAUGAAGAAUACCAAUGCCCUCAGUGUAAACAGUCAGAAAUACAGGACAAAAAUGUGGCUUCUACAACCCAAUCUCCAGAACAAAUUGCUAAGAAAGCUGUUGGCACACCAUCAACAGACAAAGAAACAGACGCUGGAAGUAGCUCUGCUGAUGUUAUCAAACCCGAUUCAACUGUGGAUAAAGACACAGCUCAAGCAGUAAAAGAUAAAUCUUCUACUACUAAGGCCCCAGGGGAGGCUACUCCCAAAUCAGUCAAGAUUGCAAAGAAAUCCAUGUCAUCAAAAAGUAAGCAGUCAGGGGAAACAACUCCAAAAUCUGGAGAAAGCAAGGAACCCACUUCUUUACAGAAGAGUAAUAAAGGGCAGACAACUCCAAAGAGUGAUGUCAAAAGUAAAGAAAAACAAGUUUCUAGGAAAUUGAAGCCCGUCCUUGAUUUAAAUGAGAAGAGAAGGCGGAUGAUUCAACAUGUUAAGGAGGAGAAUGAAGGGAAAGAUAAGACGAAGCAGCCAUACAAUAAAUGUUUCACAUGUAACAUUAAAUCUCCGAGGAAAGAUUCCCUGUACUGUAGCGAUGAAUGUAGGUCUAAACAUUCUAAACAUAAUGUGGUACCUAGCAUUCUGAAAAACAAAGACAAAAAGGCGAAGAAAAAGGAGAGGCAUGUAGCUGUAGUGGAGCCAUCCACUGGUAGAACUUUGACUGGAGAAAAGGCACCCACAGAAAGUGAAGUGAAGUCUUGGUUAGAGGAAAAUCCAACGUUUGAGAUUCUCAAGUCACAUAAUAAACCAGCACCAAGAACGCCUGACCAGAAAUUAGACAGUAAGAAUUCAUCAAAAUCCAGUAAAGACGAUAAGUCCAAGAAAUCCGAGGGUCCCGAACCCAUCAGGCUGAAUGUGAGGAAGGGACUUAGAGAUGCUUUAGCUGCAAGAGCUGAGGCUGCGGAUGAUGUCAUGUUAUCAAGCAGUGAGAUAAAGGGUGUGGCCUUAUCUGUGGAGGAGGAGUUAUUUAAAUACUUCAAGGACACAGACCACAAGUACAAGGCUAAAUACAGGAGCUUGAUCUUCAAUAUUAAAGACCAGAAAAAUAAGGGUUUGUUCAGGAAGAUCCUGACUGGUCGUGUACGAGCAAGCAAGCUUGUUAGAAUGACGGCUGAUGAACUUGCUAAUCGGGAACUAGCUCAGUGGCGUGAACAUGAAACUAAACAUACAAUAGAGAUGAUCAAGCAGACGGAGAGAGAACAUAUGAAGGAGCCAGUACAUGUGAUGAAGAAGACACAUAAAGGUGAAGAAGAGGUACAAGAUGAAGAGGGGGAGGAUCUCAGUACACUCGCCGAUGAGCCAAAGAAGAAGGAAGAGCCAGUAAAAUCGGAGAAUAAAGAGGAUGAUGUUUCAGAGAAUGUACCGGACACCACGGACAUGCAUGGUCAACAUCUGUUUGAUGCCAACUGUAAAAUCUGUACAGGAAAACUGGUACCAGCAGCAGAAACAACACCCAUUAAAGCCAAGGCUGUUAAAACUGAAACGACACCUUCGACAAAGGGAGAAAAGACUAAGGAGCUGACAAAGAAAGAGCGUGAUCUACAAGCUGAUGAGGUGGUGAAAGAGGUCCUGAAAGCUAUACAGAGAGCUAAAGAUGACGAGAGGAAGGAAGAACUAGAAGCCCAACAGAGGUCAGCAGUAACUGUCAGGUCUCCUGAUUCAGCUUUAAGUUCUGGACUUGAUAAAAACGUGAAGUUUACACCAAUUGGCCCAAUGUUGUGGAAAGGAUUUAUUUUCAUGCAGGAUGUGUCUAAAUUUGUGACAACAGCUUAUAGGGUGACUGGGCCGGCAGAUCAUCUGAGUUUACCUGAUACUAUCACAUUAUGUGGAAGGAUCAGCCCGGAACAUGUGUGGGACUAUCUCAAUAAAGUCAAACAGUCUGCUACCAGGGAUAUAUGUGUUGUAAGGUUUAUACCUGGUGUGAAUGAAGAGAAGGCAGCAUACAUUAAUCUAUACUCCUACCUCAACAGUCGAAGUCGAUGUGGAGUGGUCGAACACAAGGCCAAAAAUAUCAAAGACUUCUACAUCGUGCCACUGGCAUCACAUAGUAAAAUACCCUCGGUACUUCUACCAUUUGAUGGACCAGGUCUAGAAGAAAACCGGUGCCAUAUGUUGCUAGGUGUAAUCAUUAGGAACAAAGUGAAGCACUCGAGUCACGGCAGCCUGGAGCCUAAACCUAAAUCUAGUCACACUCGACAUACUCAUAGAGCCUCUAAGUCACAACCUCUCAAAUCUGUUCUCAAAGAUCCGAGAAAAACAGCUUCAUCAAAAACUGAAUCUGGCACUGGGUUUGAUUCGGAAAGUCCAGAUAAGUCCUCAUCAAGUUCCCCUAGAACAUCCAGCUCUUCUAGUACCCCUCAAAUCUCCAUUGCUGAUAAGAAGAAGGCUAUUUCAUUUGACCCGAUUGUGAAGGAAUAUUCUCAUGUAUCAGAUCAAGAUGACACCUAUGAACCAGGGAGUGUUUAUCCUCUAGACCUAAAUGCACCUUAUGAUCCCGAAAAAGAAGCAAUGAAAGAGCCUGCAAAACCUAAACCUGAAAAAUCAAAAGCCGACCCAGUUACACUGAUGAUGGAGAAAAUAGCUCAGAGCAAAAAUCCUGCUGAGGCCACAGCUGCCAUGGUAGCUGCAUUAGCAACCACCUCCAAACUUGGCAAUCAGCGUAAACUUCUUAUAGAACUUACAAAGAAAGUGGAUGAACAAAAACGUCUAUUAGAACAAAAAAGAAUCUCAACCAAAUUAGGUCAGUCCCCUUCAGGAAACUCUCCAGCCCUUCGGCUACUACUGCAGUGA